AAAUUAAGUCGCGUCAACGUGCGACGUACAACCCCCCCUCUUCACACCGCUUGACAUCUCAUAACAUUGCGCUCACCGCGGAAGGAUCCACCUGUCUGACGGCUCUGCCCGCCGAGCGGAGCGGAGAGCAGAGAUGGCUUCCCACGAGAGUCUGAACGAGUUGGGAAGCAGCUCGUCGGAGGAGGACGGUAACCGGACGGACAUGUUCGACGGCUCGGGCGAGGAGAAGCCGUUCCCCGCGGUGAGGCUGCAUCACCCGUUCAGCGUGGAGGCGCUCAUGGCCGUGAGGAAAACGGACUCCCGCCGGGCCACCUGCCUUAAACCGAAGGAGGAGUUGAUGCCUGCGUGUUUGAACUCUCUGUAUCUCUGCCGGGAAGAGAGCAGCCCCCCCGGGGGGAGUCAGAGAGGCUUGACGGAGGAGCCCUCGUCGCCGGUAAAGUCGGAGGCGUCGGAGUCAGAGGAGUGCGCAUCCUGGGUCAGAGCUAGUCCGUUUUCAACGCAACUUCGUCACGUCAGUCCUGGCUGCCAGCUGAGGAAACACAAGACCAACCGAAAGCCCCGCACGCCCUUCACCACAUCCCAGCUCCUGGCUCUGGAGAGGAAGUUCAGGCAGAAGCAGUACCUGUCCAUCGCAGAGCGUGCCGAGUUCUCCUCCUCUCUCACCCUCACAGAGACCCAAGUGAAGAUCUGGUUCCAGAACCGCAGAGCUAAAGCCAAGCGGCUCCAGGAGGCCGAGCUGGAGAAACUCAAGAUGGCCAGUGACGCCAAGACAGCCGCAGCGGCGGCGGCAGCCACGGCCGCAGGAGCUUUACACCCUGGCUUUACGUUACCCCUGUCGCUGGGUGCCAUGUCACUGUACGGACAGUCGUACUCCCCGUAUCACCAUCAUCACAGACCACUACUGCCCAUAUCUCACCUCGGACUAUAUGCUGCUCCUCUGGGAUACGGCAUGUACCACUUGUCUUAAAAAAAGGAACUAUUUUAUUGUGUUUCUAUGCAUUUCAACAAAAAAAUGUAUUUAUACAUCUUCUGCACAGGAGGUGCAACUUUGGGAGCACUUCAGAUUAAAUCAAGUGUGUAUUUUAUUUCUGUCCCUGGAACGAGGGCAGAGAUACAAAAAUCGUCCUCUCGUGCUCCCCAGGACUUCCUGUUUACACGACUUGCAUGUUACUGUCCAGCUGUUUGUACUCUUUACCUGUUUACAUCUGCAACAACAAAGCCGGGCGAGCAAGACGCGGUUAAACCUGGACACAAGAAGGGCCUUAUCCAUAUUUGAAUAACUCAGGCCAGAGAAGACAUAUCGCCGGAACAUCUUCAAAAAGUUGCCUUAAAAUGACACAAAAACCUGUCAAACUCAGGUUUAGUUUAAAAUACUUGAAGUUUACCUCAGAGUAAAACAUUCCUACCAAAUAAAAAACUGUUUUUGUAGCUAUUGAAACUUUUUUUCUUGAUUUUCCCUUUUUUAUGAGAUAAAUACCCACAAAUGAAUGUUGUAUAUUUGUUAUAGGUACCAAAUCAGAAACCAAAUGUUAAUGUUUAUGAUAAAACUCGAAGGGGGUAUUUACUAUGCAGUCUAUUUUUCCCCCUACGUAUGUUUUAUCAUUUGAAAUCUGCUCAUUAAACCCACUUUGUUUAUAUGCAAAGAAUAAAGAUGGAAAAUAUCAGUACAUUA